GCUCGGUUAACAGACCUCUCUCUCUCUCUCUUCUCUCUCCCUGUGUUUGUAUCCUUUCUCUAUCAGAGUAAGCCAAAGAUGCUCUAUCUAGAAUCAAGAACAACCCAAAAACCAUACCUAACAUCAUCAUCUCUCUCUCUCUAAAACACAGCCAUAAUAUUAUAUAGAUUCUAUAUCUGCAAUUUCAAGAGUUAUUCUGUAGAAUAAUAUUCUUUUGUUGUGUUUCAUUUUUCUUCUUGGUUUUUAUACAUAUAAUUGGCGGGUCACUUUCAUUGAGACUUCCAUUGGACCUUAAAAUUGUUAUUAUUAUUUUUUCUGGUAAUUAAUCUUUUUUUAUUUGUUUUUGCUUCGACUUGCUUGAACUGGGGAGGGUGUUAAUUCAUAUGGGUACUUGUUAUUUUGCUUCAAAAAUGGAACUUCACUAGCUUCUGAAAAGAUUAGAGCAGCCUGUAAUGGAUCUUGAAGGCGUGCUUCACGACAGCCCAAUCAAGAGAGAUUCAUGGAAGACUGUGUUAACUUUGGCGUAUCAGAGUUUAGGUGUUGUUUAUGGAGAUUUGAGCACUUCUCCAUUGUAUGUUUACAAAAGCACUUUCGCAGAGGACAUUCAGCAUUCGGAGACCAACGAGGAGAUUUUUGGGGUCUUGUCUUUCGUAUUUUGGACAUUGACGCUAAUCCCACUUGUUAAAUAUGUGUUUAUUGUGCUUAGAGCCGAUGAUAAUGGUGAAGGUGGCACUUUUGCUUUGUAUUCAUUGCUUUGCCGCCAUGCCAGGGUUAGCUCCUUACCCAAUUGCCAGCUCGCAGAUGAGGAGCUAUCAGAAUACAAGAAAGAUGGGUCUGUGACUGUGUCCAGUGACAAGAGGGUUCAUGGGUCUAGUCUGAAAUCAACUUUGGAGAAGUGUAGAGUAUUGCAAAGGGUAUUGCUUGUUUUGGCUUUGAUUGGGACUUGUAUGGUGUUUGGAGACGGAGUCCUUACUCCUGCAAUUUCUGUUUUUUCAGCUGUGUCUGGGCUGGAGCUAUCAAUGUCAAAAGAGCAGCAUCAGUAUGUUGAACUCCCAGUUGUUUGUGCUAUACUUGUAUUUUUGUUUGCCCUCCAACAUUAUGGAACCCACCGGGUAGGGUUCCUCUUCGCACCUGUUGUGAUUACAUGGCUAUUAUGCAUAAGUGCUAUUGGCGUGUACAAUAUUUGGCAGUGGAAUCCCCAUGUUUACCAAGCACUGUCCCCAUACUACAUGUACAAGUUUUUGAAGAAGACCCAGAAGGGAGGUUGGAUGUCCUUGGGUGGGAUUUUGCUAUGCAUAACAGGCUCAGAAGCUAUGUUUGCUGAUCUUGGGCACUUCUCACAGUUGUCAAUCAAGAUUGCUUUCACCUUUGCUGUUUACCCUUCCUUGAUCCUUGCAUAUAUGGGACAAGCUGCUUAUCUUUCCAAGCAUCAUACCAUUGAAAGUGACUAUAGGAUUGGUUUCUAUGUAUCUGUACCUGAGAAAAUAAGAUGGCCAGUUCUGGCAAUAGCCAUUCUUGCGGCAGUGGUAGGAAGUCAAGCCAUCAUUACUGGAACUUUUUCAAUAAUCAAACAGUGUUCAGCUCUUGGUUGCUUUCCAAAAGUCAAAAUUGUUCAUACCUCAUCGAAAAUACACGGACAGAUUUACAUCCCAGAGGUCAACUGGAUAUUAAUGCUGUUAUGUUUGGCUGUUACCAUUGGUUUCAGAAACACUAAACACAUGGCAAAUGCAGCAGGUUUAGCUGUUAUAACUGUAAUGCUGGUAACAACCUGCCUAAUGUCUCUGGUCAUGGUCUUAUGCUGGCACAAAAAUGUCUUUCUAGCAAUUUGUUUUAUAUUCUUCUUUGGCUCCAUUGAAGCUCUCUACUUCUCAGCAUCCCUUAUCAAGUUCCUUGAAGGGGCGUGGGUAACUGUUGCCCUGUCAUUUAUCUUCCUAGUUGUCAUGUAUGUUUGGCACUAUGGAACGCUCAAGAAAUAUGAAGCUGACCUUCAAAAUAAGGUCUCAAUCAACUGGCUCCUCAGUGUAGGUCCCACUCUUGGGAUCGUAAGAGUUCCAGGAAUUGGCCUCAUACGUACCGAGCUCGUCACUGGGAUCCCAGCUAUAUUCUUUCACUUUGUUACCAACCUUCCUGCUUUCCACCAGGUAGUAGUCUUCCUCUGCAUAAAAUCUGUACCAGUGCCUCAUGUUAGGCCAGAGGAAAGGUUCCUGGUGGGAAGAGUCGGUCCAAAGGAGUACCGAUUGUACAGAUGCAUAGCACGAUAUGGUUACCGCGACGUUCACAAGGACGACGUGGAGUUUGAGAAAGAUCUUGUUUGCAGUAUUGCAGAAUUUAUCAGGUCAGAAAAGGCUGAAUAUAAUAUCGGAAUAGAAGAUUUCGAAGAGGAUGGAAAAUUGACAGUUGUUGGGACUUUAUCAUCAAAUUUCCAAGGUGUUAAACUGUGUGAAGAUGAAGCAUAUUCUUCUGAAAUGAUAGGCUCUUCAGAGAUGAGGGAGAUAGAGUCCCCCAAAAGGAGACGAAAGAGAGUGAGGUUUGUUGUGCCAGAGAGUCCACAGAUUGACAUGGAUGUGCAGGAGGAGUUACAGGAAUUAAUGGAAGCAAGAGAAACAGGAAUGGCAUUUAUACUGGGGCAUUCAUAUGUGAGGACAAAGAGAGGAUCAAGUUGGAUGAAGAAAAUAGUGAUUAAUUAUGGGUAUGAUUUCUUGAGAAAAAAUUCUAGGGGACCAACUUAUGCUUUGAGCAUGCCUCAUGCAUCAACGCUAGAGGUAGGGAUGGUCUACUUUGUCUAGUUUAGUAAUGGUCUGCAUCUGGUCUAUUAUUAACCAAAAAGUAAGUGGAUUUUUCAUAAAAAAAUAAAACAAGUCCAUUUACUUGUAUCUUGUGAGCCGGACGCAGACAAAAGUUUCUUGUAGAUUAGCAAUCAAAAACAUUUUGCAACCUUUCUGGGUAUUGUAUAGCUGAGUUUGUUGUUUUUCCUAAUACCAUCUAAUCUGGUAUUUUUUAUCA